CUUAACAUGAAGGCAAUAUGUGCAAACAACGCUUUCUGAUGUUUGCCAUAGUGAAGGGAGUGGACUACUAGGCUAUCUUAAACCGCAUAUUCCUCAGUGCACGGUAGCCAAAUAUAGAUCAACCUGUAGGCGCGCUUGCGUUCCAACACCCGAGCGCUUUGCCAUGCCGAAGCGGAAGGACAACUUUACGGCUGUUUUCGACAUUGCUGUUCACUAGAACCUUAAAAUUCCACCUGUCUUUUAAACUCGAGACGCCCUGUGUCUGUGGCACCAAGUCAGUUGGUUUCUACGCACGCCGUACUGUAGGCUAGUUCUCACGUCCGACUCGUUGCGGCAUUCCAGUCAGAGCGUCCCGCUUCCCAAUUUAGACCUGCUACCCUGUGCGAUCCAGAAACCGCUCUGCUGCGCCGAAAGGGUCACGUCGUUUCCACGGGAGACGAUCCCAGCAUGGAAACUGUGAAACAGGAAGCAUCUAAAGAUGAGCUUCCCAAGAUCAACACAGCCUUAACAGCAUCCGAUCCAGAUGCACAUGAACUUCAUGAAGAAACACUGUUGCUACGAUGCCAUGCCAACAAGUUGUAAACUAGUUGUAUUUGACACAACGUUACAGGUGAAGAAGGCCUUUUUCGCACUGGUGGCCAAUGGCUUACGAGCUGCUCCUCUUUGGGACAGCAAAUCACAACGAUUUGUCGGCAUGCUCACCAUCACUGAUUUUAUUAAUAUUCUUCAUCGCUACUACAAGUCACCCAUGGUCCAAAUCUACGAGCUGGAGGAGCACCAGAUUGAGACUUGGAGAGGUGAUUCAACUCAAAACGUGUACCUCCAGUGCUGCAAUCGAUGUCUCAUCAGCAUCGCCCCUGAUGCCAGUCUCUUUGACGCCAUCUAUUCCCUCCUGAAGCACAAGAUCCACCGGCUGCCCGUCAUUGACCCGAAGUCAGGAAAUGUGCUGCACAUUCUCACACACAAGCGCAUCCUCAAAUUUCUUCACUUAUUUGGAGCCAUGAUUCCAAAGCCCAGGUUCUUGCAGAAGACCAUCGAUGAGGUGGGCAUUGGGACCUUCAAAGAGAUCGCUACUGUGCAAGACACGGCCACUCUAUACGAUGCCCUGUCUGUGUUUGUGGCGCGGAGAGUGUCUGCACUGCCAGUUGUCGACAGCAAAGGAAAGGUGCUGGCUCUUUAUUCAAGAUUUGAUGUGAUUAAUCUUGCUGCACAGAAGACUUACAACAACCUAAACAUGACCAUGCGCGAGGCGGUGAGGAGGCGAACGUGCUAUGUGGAGGGCGUCAUUAAGUGCUACGGAGACGAGACCCUUGAAACCAUCAUGGACAGGAUUGUCAAAGCUGAGGUGCAUCGCUUGGUGCUGGUGGACAGGGAGGAUGUGGUGAGGGGCAUCAUAUCUCUCUCUGACCUGCUUCAGGCCAUGGUCUUGACGCCCGCAGGUAUUGACGCUCUUUUCUCGUAACACCCCCCACCCUGUGGAAAUGUUCGUCCCGAAAACCUCCACCUAACCGCCCCUCCUCCCCUCUCCCAGAGGUUGCCAGCAAGUAAGACAAUAACUCCACGUCUUUUCAUCCGGGUCAAUAAGGAACAAGAUAUGAAGCGCUUUAACAACUCCAAGAGAUGGAUGGCAACACUCAAAGCAUGUCUAUGUGUUUUAUUGGUCUGCAUUAUCUUAAUAAGGGAGACUCACUAACAAACUGUCAAGACUCAAAACAAAAGACAUGGGUCAGGGGAUUUGUAAAAUCAUUUUCUGAUUACAUUUUUUCACAUA